CGGGGUCACAUUGCCUCCAACAAAAAACCAGAUGAAACCAGAAAUACUAACAAUGAACCAAGACGGCAUCCUACUAUGUCCCAAUCUUUUCAUAUAUCUCUGGGCAUUGUUGAUAGGCAAUGAAAUAUAUCACCAGGCGACAGUCGAAACAAGUUCGGUAUCCAUCUCUACUUCAUCCAAAUCUACUUCUGUGCCGUUUUUCUUUGCUAUAGCAUUCUCAUACGGCUGUCGGUCUACUUAUUAGAAAUCUCAAUUUCCC